AUGACAACAACAAAUAAAAACAUCGAAUCAAUUGUUAAACAAUGGACUUCAUUUGAUUUGAAAUCAAUUCAGCAUGAUUUAGACGUGACAACAACUGAAAUAGUCAGUUGUGCUGAUGAAAGUGAUCAAUCAAGAAGAAAAUUGGUUGAAUUAAGUCGAGGUUUUAAGAAAAAUACGAAUGAGGAUGUACGCAAAGCCAUUACACCUAUAUUAAAAUCGUUCCAGAUCGAAAUAGAUAGUUUAUCAAAACGAAGCAAAGUAACUAAACAAACUUUCUUAGAAAUUUAUCAACAUUUAAGUGAAUUACCAGAUCCGGUGCCAAUUCGUGAAUAUAUCCAAAUACUACAGAGACGAUUUGAAAAAGUGUCUGAUUUAGAAGUACAAAAUCAAAAUUUAAGAGAAAUAUUAGACGAAUUAGCUCAUGUCAAAAGUCAAGAAUUGACAAUCAAGCAAUUACGUGAUAAAAUCAAAGAUUUGGAAGAAAAAACAGAAGUAAUCAUACAGCAACAUAUUAAAGACAAAGAAGACUUCCAACAUAUCUUCGCUGAUAAAGAACAUCAAUUUGAUUUAAUUACAAAAUAUGCACAAAUGGAAAUGCAUCAAUCAGUAUUAGAUUCUUUACAUCAAGAUAUGCUUGACUAUAAAAUAAAACAAGACGAUACAAAUACUUUAUGUUCAUCAGAUGAUCAUAUGUGUAAUCAAGAUUUAGAACAAAUGAAUAAGCGAACAUCAAAUACAGAACGAUUUGUUGAUAAAUUACGUGAAGAUUUUGAACAAAUACGAUCAACAAAUAAUAAACCUAAUGAUGAGUUGAUUUCACAAGAAGAAAUAGAGCGGAAAUUAUGUGAAAAACUUGAGCUUGAAUUAGCAACUAAAGAACGUCAAAUAGUUACACUUGUUGAUGAAACACAAAAAUUACAAUCGACAUUGAUUAAAAUAAAAGAAACAUCAUUUACACAGAUUUCUGAUCUUGAAAAUGUCUUAAGUGAAAAAGAAAAGUUAAUUGCACAACUAGAAAAUAAAUUACAAACUCAAUCCGAUUAUGAUGAAAUCAAACGAGAAUUGACUGUUUUUAAAUCAAUCGAAUUUUCUACAACAAAUCGUUCUUCGAAUGAUGAUAAAAUAGGAAAUCUAUCAAAAAAAUCAUUCGAUAUACAAGAUGAACAAACACAAAUCAAAAUGUCACAAAUUGAUUCAGAAAGUAAUACUAAUCAUCAUCAGCUUCAACAUUCAUGUCGUCAUUGUACUUCUCCAUGUUUGCACCGAACAAAUGUUCCAUAUUUACCUAUACCAUCUUUUCUUUCAUCAUCAGCUUCUUCAUCAUCUAAUUCAUCUUCUUCUCCUUCAUCACCUUCUCAGAUUUAUUUAAAAACUCAUCAACAAUCAACAACAAAUUAUAAUGGUAUUGAUGAUAUGACACGAACAUUAAAUGAAUCAUCAAAAAAAAUUAGUCCAUCUAUACCAACAUCACUUUCAAUUAUAACAACAAAAGAUAAUCUUCAAUUGUGCAAUACUCUUUCAAAUUCAACAAAUACAAAAUAUCCAUCAUUAACAACAUCAUGUUCAACAAUGGUUACUCCAACUGCUUCACUUCUUUCAUCAGUUACAACAACAACAUUAACGCCGUCCAAUCUCUUUCCAGGUCAUCAACUUUCAUCCGUCCAAUGUACAAAACUUCAUUGUCCACCAACAUCAUCAUGGAGUCCACCAUUAUCGUCAUCAUCAGGCGUAUCAAGUAUAGCUACAACAUCUACAGAUAAUCGAACAGUAAUUAAAUCAUCUAAACAAACAUCACCUAAACCAUCACCAUCAUCAACAAUUCUUGUACCAUCAACAUGUACAUCAGUACCAACAAAUAUAAAUACAAAUUUACUUGAACCACUUGAUACAACAUAUGUUGCUAAUGUUGUACGAAAACUUCUUGCACAACAUAAUAUUGGUCAACGUAUAUUUGCACGUUAUAUAUUAAGUUUAUCUCAAGGUACAGUUAGUGAAUUAUUAUCAAAACCAAAAUGUUGGUCAAAAUUAACUGAAAAAGGUAAAGAAAGUUAUAGAAAAAUGUGGUGUUGGGCAAAUUCUGAAGAAAGUAUAUUAACAUUAAAAAGUAUUAGUCCACGCAAAGGUAUGAAUAAUCGUUCAAAAGACAAUCCAUAUCCAGCUAUAAGUACAAAACAUACAGAUCCAGCAACACAUCAAAAAAUUGUUCAAAUUUUAGCUGAUGCUCAAAAACAACAAAUGGCAGCGGCUGUUGCUGCCGCUGCUGCUGCAGCAGCAGCAGCAAAUAACAUAGAUCAAAAAUUAUCUUUAUCUCCAUGUAGUUCUUUACAUAAAGAAACAUCAAAUGCUAAUCUAUUAACAGAUCCACUUGAAUCAAAAACGUCAUCAUCAGGAUCAUCAUCAUCAACAAACUCAUCGGCAGUUAAUUCUCCUUUAAAUGAAUCCCCACCAUCUGAUCAACAAACAUUUUUACUUCCUGUUCCACCACCUCCACCACCAUCAUCAUCAACAGCAACAGCAACAUCAAAUGCAGCAGCAUCUUUAUCUAUGUUAUCAGCAUUUGUACCAUCAUUAUUAAUGCGUACAGCAAAUAGUUUUAAUAAUGAAACAUUAACAACAACAGCAACAACAACAACAACAAAUAAUCUUCUUGAUUGUUCAACAUCAUCACCAUUUAAUUUACUUCGUCAUCAACCAGAUAAUUAUCGUAAUUGGCUUAUGUUACAAGAAAUUGUUCGUAAUAAUGAUUUAUUUAAACAAUUUCAACCAACAUUACCAACAUCAAUUGAUACGGAUGAUGAAAGUGAACAGGAUAAUGAUGAUAAUAAUAACAAUGAUAAUGAUGAAAAUGAUGACGACGAUGAUGAUGAUGAUGAUGAUGAUGAUGAUGACAAUAAUAAUAAUGAUAUUGAUGAUGAUAAUCCUAUAAGUUCAGAUGAAAUUCCACUUGAUUUAAGUAUGAAAAUUGAUUCAAAUCAUCAUGAUAUUGAACAAACAUCAAUUAAAAUCUCAAAUAAUAAACAACAAUUAUCAACAAAACAUAUUAAAACAGCUUUAGCACCAUUACGUGAACAAGAUACAUCAAAAUAUCGUUACAUAAAUACAAUGGAAUUAGUACAAACAGUUAAAGAUAUUCUUAGUCGUUAUAGUAUAUCACAACGACAUUUUGGAGAAAAAAUUCUUGGAUUAUCUCAGGGAAGUGUUAGUGAUAUUCUUGCUCGACCAAAACAAUGGGAAUUAUUAACACAAAAAGGUCGUGAACCAUUUCUUCGUAUGCGUAUUUUUCUUGAUGAUCCAAAUGCCAUAAAACAACUUGUACAAAAUGUUCCAACAACAACAACAUCAUCAACAACAACAAAUUCAAUAUUAUUACCGACAUUUUGUCCACCACCACCAUCAUCAUCAUCAUCAUCAUCAACAACAACCAUAAUACCAUCACUUUUAUCAAAUACAAUAAUAAAUGGUUAUCAUUCAAAUAAAUUAUUAACACGUGACAACUCAAUAGAUUCACAAUCAAAUAUUUUAUUAAAUGAUUCAUCACAAUUAUUAACAAAUGAUACUUUACAAUUACCAUUAUCAUCAUCAUCACCAUCAAAUGGAAUAAUAUCAAAUUCAAAUAAAUCAAAAUCUCGUUCAAAAAACUCAAAAAUAAAUAAUGAUAAAUCCUCAUCAUCAUCAUCAUCAAAUCAUUUAAGACAUUCAUCAAAAAAUCCACUUAUGCCAUCAUAUGAAUUGCCUAAAAUAUCAUUACCAAAUACCAUCGAUACUGAACAAUUAAGUUCACAAGUACGAGAACUUCUUUUUGCUUAUAGUAUUGGACAACGUGUAUUUGGUGAAGCUGUACUGAAUCUAUCUCAAGGAACUGUUAGUGAAAUAUUAUCAAAACCUCGUCCUUGGCAUUCAUUAAGUGUUAAAGGUCGUGAACCAUAUAUACGUAUGUAUACAUGGUAUCAUGAUACAGACAAUGUACAAAAAUUACUUGCUUGGAAACGAGAACGUGAUGCUUUACGACGUUCUCGUCCUCCAGCUACAACAACAGAUACUAAUAAUGGUGAUUUAGAAAGUGGAAAUAAUAAUUCAGCAAUGAAAAAAUCAUCAUCAUCUUCAACAACAAAUAACAAUAAUAAUAAUAAUAAUAAUAAUCCAAAACGUCGAUAUUUAUUUACUGAUGAUCAACGUCGUGUAUUAAAACAAAUAUUUGAAAAUGAACCAUAUCCAAGUCAAUCAACAUUAGAACAACUUGUUGGUGAAUUAUCAUUACCAAUGAAUAAAAUAGCUAAUUGGUUUCAUAAUUCACGUAUGAGAGCAAAAACAAAUAUACGUUCAUCAUCAAGUCCAAUAAAUAAAAUGUCAACAUCAUCACUUAAUAAUAAUAAUGAUGAUUUAAUAAAUACACAAAGUGAUGAUGAAGAUGAUUUAGAUGAUAAUAAUAAUAAUAAUAACAAUGAUGAUGAUGAUGACGAUGAUGAUGAUUAUCCUAUUUUACCAACAAUUGUACCUUUAACUAGUUCAUGGCUUAAUGGUACAAAUGAUUCGAACAGUUCAACAAGUCCAAUUGGUUUAUCAGCAACAUCAACAAAUAUUGUUUCAUUAAUUGAUGAUCAAAAAAUAACACCUAUAUCAUUAAGUUCAAGUAGUAAAAAACGUAAAUCAGUGCCACAAAAAAUUGUCACUACAAAUAAUAAUAAUAAUAAUAAUAAUCUAACAAAAAGAUUUCAUAAUGAUUCAACAAUAAUUGAAAAUGACAGUAAUGAUGAAACAAAUCAAAAGACAAAUCUAAUUGAUAUUCUUACUUGA